AUGCGAACAUUAAGUCUUGCCGUAUUAUUGUGCCUCGCGGUCUCUUGCUACUGUCAAAGCCAUCAUUUGACGUUGGGGCAAGCGAACUACGGAGAUGUAAUUGUGUACAAAGUCGAUGAACAAAAAUACGGCUUUCCGUUUAUCGUGAGAACCAGUAUCAUCGAAUUCCCGGAACCUGGUAUCACAAAUUACGCCUACAUUAAAGCUAUCUAUGUUAAAGAUAAUACCAUUUACGGGUGUGGAGGUUACCCCUCUAUUUCUGCAGGCGGUAUUGGACAAAGAUUCGUCAAGAUCAAGUUGAAGAGCCAGCGAGGAUGCGGUUUGAACUUUACUGUGACGAUUUACGGCAGAUAUAUGUAA